GUCAUUUUCGUAGGUUUGUAACAAUUGUAAUGGUGUCGAAAUGGAAGAAGUACGAAUUGCGGACGGCUCCAACGUCUAUGGUACCAAGGCUGCAAAACCUGUGGUAUAAUAUGGCAAAGAGACGUCAAUGCGGCCAAAAAUAUGCUUACUAUUGCAAAUUCCGUAUGGGAACACAAUGGCCACCCCGAAAUUUUCUCUCGCCAUCGCCAUAGCGAUAAUGGUGCUGCAGGUUCUAUACCGACGGCUUAAAGAUUUUUACGCGUUUAG